AUGGUAGAGAGAUUGCAUCGGCAACUUAAAGCUUCUCUUACAGCUGUCAUCAGCAAUAAUGAUUGGGCCAGCAAGCUACCGUUAGUCAUGUUGAGCUUAAGAUCAACAAUCAAACAAGAUAUAGAAUGCUGCCCAGCAGAAUUGGUUUAUGGAACCACAUUACGUCUGCCAGGAGAGUUUUUCACUGCAGGUGAAAGCGUUCCAACUGAUAUAGCGGACUAUGUACAGCGUCUUAAGCAGCAUAUGAGUAGUCUAAGGAUAACGCUUCCGAGACAACAUCAACGCCGUGUGUACAUACCCAAACAACUAAGUGACAGUACUCAUGUGUUUAUCAGAAGGGAUAAUGUGCAACGUCCCUUACAACCGGCCUACGAUGGUCCAUUUAAGGUGAUUAAAAGAGACGACAAAACUAUUACGGUAGAAAAAGCUGGAAAAACGGAUGUAAUUAGCAUCGACCGAGUCAAACCAGCUUUCAUCGAAGCCUGCGAUCAGCCAGUACAUACAGAUACUGCGAAAACCGUUGAAUCAUCGAAACGUCAGUUCCAAUCAUCAACGACAUCGACGAGCACAAACAAAGAGAAUCCAGUAACCACAAAGUCUGGUCGAAGGGUAAGAUGGCCCCAACGUUAUGUCGCUGCAAUCUUCUAUUAA